AUGGCAUGUACAUGCUGCAGUACUGUAUGUUGUGAUCCUUGUGCUAGCUAUACUACAUAUAUACCUUGUUGCAAUGCACCAAUAACUCUUGAUUGUAGUUAUCAACAACGACGUUAUCAAGAAAUUUAUUAUGCACCUGAACCUGCACCACAAAUUCAAGUCGUACGACAACGAUUACCUGAUCCACCACCUGAUGUGAUCGAUCGAGUUGUUGUUGUUCCUCAACCAAAAAAAUAUGUUUAUCAAGUUGUCGAAAUACCAACAAAACCCCCACCAGUUAUUCAACAACGUGUAGUUCAUGAAUCUCCUAAUGUACCAGUAUGUGGUGGUACUUAUCAUGUUCAAGUACCACAUAAUUCAAUCGUACAAACACCAAAAUUAGUACAAACUGCAUCAUACACUUAA